CUUAAAGGAAAACAAAUGGAUGUUCUGCCAAGUCCAUGGCUGAACUGUAAAGGAAAACUCCCUCCUACCAUCUCCACCUCCCUCCUCACAGCCAGACCCGCCCCAGGUCCAGCACUAUAUCAAGAGCCUGCCUCCCUCUAUCAAGCUCCACAGUCCUGCUACAGUCCUCAGCUGUACAACGGUCCUCUCUCCUCGUGUUCUCUCUUGACCAGCAGACAGUCAGCCAUCAUGUAUAGCCAAAGCAGCAUGAUAUCCGGUGGACCCAUGCUCAUCAGGCAGAGCCGCAGCUACACACAAAGUUCUGCUCCCCACAAGGCUCACAGUGUGACAGGAGUCAGCUUCCGAGGAGCCCCACGCAUAUCCUCCAGCUCCUUUCGCACCGUCUCCUCUGGGUAUGGAGGCAGCAUGGGGAUGGGCGGUGGUGGGUUCGACCUGUCCAACGCCCUGGACCAGAGCUCCGUGCAUCUGAACGAGAAGGCUACCAUGCAGAACCUGAAUGACCGUCUGGCCUCCUACCUGGAAAAGGUCCGCUCUCUGGAGGCGGCCAACUCCAAGCUGGAGAUACAGAUCAGAGAGUACUACGAGCAGAAGGGGCCUGCAGCAGAGAGGGACUACAGCAACUAUUGGGCCAUCAUCAAUGACCUGAAGGACAAGAUUGCAGCUGCCACCAUCGGCAAUGCCAACAUCCUGCUCCAGAUUGACAACUCCAAACUGGCUGCUGAUGACUUCAAAACCAAAUUCGAUCAUGAGCUGAUGAUGCGCCAGUCGGUUGAGGCUGACAUCGCCAACCUGCGCCGUUUGCUUGACCAGACCACCCUGACGAAGGCUGACCUGGAGAUGCAGAUCGAGGGCUUGCAGGAUGAGCUGGCAUACCUCAAAAAGAAUCACGCAGAGGAGCUGGCGGCACUGCGCUCUCAGCUGACCGGCACAGUCAAUGUGGAGGUGGAUGCUGCACCCCAGCAAGACCUCAACAAAGUCCUGGAGGACAUCCGCGCGCAGUACGAGGCCAUCACUGACAAACAUCGUCGCGACCAGGAGGGCUGGUUUAAUGAGAAGUCUGCAGCCCUGACCAAAGAGGUGGCAAUCAGCACAGAGACAAUCCAGACAUCCAAAACAGAGAUCGGUGACCUUCGACGCACACUGCAGGGCCUGGAGAUUGAGCUACAGUCUCAGCUAAGCAUGAAAGGGGCUCUAGAGUCGACAUUAGCAGAAACAGAGGCACGUUACAGUGCCAUGCUCGCCGGCUUCCAGAACACAAUCAACAUGCUUGAGGCCGAACUAGCCAAUGUACGCUCGAGCAUCGAGCAGCAGGGUCAGGAAUACAGGAUGCUGCUGGACAUCAAGACGAGGCUGGAGCAGGAGAUCGCCACCUACAGAAGUCUGUUGGAAACAGAGGAGUCCAGACCUGUUGGUACAGGGGGCUCAAAAACCACAAUCACAACCACCACUGUGCGCAGUUCCAGCUAGGAGGUCCAACUGGCAGGACAAGCUGUUCUCAGACAUUCACACACACCCACACACACAUACUCCAACUAAUAAAAGCUGUUACACGAGAUGACCGAAACUGUACUGAAAAAAGAUAUGUUGAAAGUGGAGCCCGUGUUAAAGUUUCAGUUUAGAAGAACUCCCUGUGUGCGUUUGUGUGUGACCUGUCUGAAAAAUAAAUCUGCUGGUGAAUACAA